AUGCUGCGACUAGACGCAACAAGUAUCCGCCUGGUCCUAUCAGAGGUUGAAGCCUACGGGCGACAACAAGAUUCCAAUGACGAUCGUAGACGAAUAGACAACAACCUAUUAGAUAAAACGGCAUCAUCCAAAGCGCGAUGGCAGUCGUUAUUUGAACAGACAGACUUCCCAUUUACAUACAUUGGAGAGGGAUCGCCUCCUGACACGCGGCACGAUGCUCUUUCCACUUCAGAGUUGUCCGACGAUGACGACGGCGACGACAACGACAAGACCGACAUGACGCUCAGUGGCACUGCCGUUGAGACAGUGGGACAAGCCACCGAGCAAUAUACCGACCCUGCUCCGAGUGUGGCGAUCCCGAGGCUGCCGCUCCCUCCCCCGUUCGCCUCAACACCAAGAAUGUCUUCACCAUCUAACCAGCCCGGCAUUCAGUCGAUCCGGUCAUCAGGGGAUACCAGAGUGAGCGAGGCAAGCCGUACUAUUUACCAAAUGCUCCAUAGCCCCCCUAGACGAUCGCUAGCCGUCACAUCGCCAUAUGAACAUGGCGCGUACCGUACACCAACCUUGAGAGUAUCGUUACGAAGACUAACCAUCUACGAUGACGCGACACCAGCAGCCGAAAUACGACACCAAGGCCUGCAUGGGUCCCGCACAGCACCGGGCACCAGCUCCCUUGCUUCAGAGACGUCAACCCCCGGUUCAAGUUCGCGUCGUCAUCGAGCGGGAGUGACAAGUCCCACCCGGAUGGACACCUCGGGACGUGUUGGGCCCUUCGGCGGCGGGGAGAACUCGGAUGAAGCAGUCCUGUACGAUGCGGAGAUGCGGCGUUGGCUUGUAAGUCGUCGGGUUGCACGAGGCGGACGAGAACAAGGACAUGACUCGCGAUGA